GCAAUAUGGGAACAUAUUCAAAAUGGUGAAAAAGCCCAACAACCUGAAUAUUGGGUGCAUCCUUGUUAUAAGCUAGAAACAUGGAGGGCAAUGUACUGUAACAAAAUAGAUCCAAUCAAUGGCAGGAGCAUGUGGCCAAAAUCUAGAUGUCCAACCACUCUUAUACCACCUACACAUCACACACAACUUGGAAGGCCAAAGAAAAAGAAGAGGAGGGUUAUAGAUGAGGCUAGUAGCCAAUCAAAAAACCUAUCUAGGAAAUUCUUGAUUGUUACUUGUUCCAAGUGUCAUAACAAAGGACAUAACUCUAGAACAUGUAAGGGGCAAGGGGGGUCAAGUCAGAGAGUAGUGGGUGGAUCAAGUCAAGGUGGUGUGGGUGGAUCAAGUAAAGAUGCAUUUAGUGGAACAAGUCAAGGUUCAGUGGGUGGAUCAAGUGAAGAUUUCAUGGGUGGGUUAAGAGCAAAGAAGAUAGACAAGGGAAAAAAAGCCUCAAGUAGGACCUAAGUGAAGUUGGAUACAAAUGAAAGCAUGACUAAUCAAGUUAUUUGGCUACCUUUUGUUUAAGAUUAUAAACUUGUGUUGAUG